AUGACAUCCAUUGGCACUGGUUAUGAUCUUGCAGUAUCCACGUACUCUCCUGAUGGACGCGUGUUCCAAGUCGAAUAUGCAAAUAAGGCUGUCGACAAUAGCGGCACUGCUGUUGGCUUACGAGUCAAGGAUGGUGUUGUUCUUGCAGUCGAAAAGUUGGUACAGUCAAAGCUUCUUGUGCCUGGAGCCAACCGUCGAAUCCAAAGUGCCGACUUGCAUAUUGGUCUCGCAUCUGCAGGCUUAAUAGCCGAUGGUCGACAUUUGGUCAAGCGUGCUCGUGACGAAGCUUCAGCCUGGAGAGAUAUCUAUCGUCAGCCUAUUCCCGGCAAGACCAUCGCUGAUCGUUUGGGUCAAUACGUAUCCGCCUACACUCUUUAUUCAAGCGUUCGACCUUUUGGAUGUGCAACAAUUUUGGGUGCUGUAUCAGAUGGCGAACCUACCUUGUACAUGAUUGAACCUUCGGGUGUAUACUGGGGAUAUCACGGCUGUGCAGCUGGCAAGGGCAAAUCGGUGGCCAAGACUGAGAUCGAGAAGCUUGAUUUGGAAAACAUGACAGUGCGUGAAGCUGUCAAUGCUAUUACACGCAUCAUCUAUACCUGUCACGAUGACGCCAAGGAUAAGGAAUUCGAGCUCGAAUUGAGCUGGAUUUGUGCCGAGUCCAAGUACAAGCAUCAAUUCGUACCCGCAGAUAUUCAACGUGAAGCCGAAAGAAUGGCAAAGGAAUCAAUGGAUGAGGAAAUGGAGGAUUAA